AUGCCCUGGCGGCACCUGAGCGACGAGGAGCUGCAGGAGGUCGCAUCCGGCAUGGUGAGCUGCCCGGAUGGGGGCAGCGCGGGGGGCAGCGGGUAUGGCUGUAGCAGCAGCAGCAGCACAAACGGUAGUAGCAGGGGCAGUGAGGCGGGUGGCGGCAGCAGCAGCAGCAGCAGCAGCAGCAGCAGCAGCAGCGGUAGAGGUACCGGUCAGGGCGAGGUGUGGGGCCAUGCGGGCGGCUUGGAUAGGGUUGAGGGCGGUACUGAGGGUGAUGGAGACGGCGGCGCUCUGGAUGGGGGCGACAGCGACAGUGGCGGCGAUGGGGGCGCUUCGUGCCUGCAGGUGCUGCCGCUGCGGUGGCGGUUGCGGCAGCUGCCCAGCAGCACCAGCUACGUGGAGGAGGACAAGGGGGCCAACAUUUUGACAACCCCCAUGAAGAUCCACGACUUCCGCGUGUGGCGACCCAUGGGUCCGUACCUGGAGCAGCGGCAGGGGGUCCCCAACCGCAGUGCCAGCAGCAACAACAACAGCAGUAGAAGAAGCAGUGGUGACGAGGGCACCGGUAGUAGCAACGUGGUGACUAAUACGGUUCGUUUCUCUGUUGAGCUGUCAGGACGAGCGCACAUUCGUUCGUUGGUGGUUAUGUACGGCAGACGGUUGCGCACGUGCGCGUGUCUGGGGGAAUUACGUCGUACGGCAGUUGGCGGGUUCCGAGUGGAGGAUGCCUGGCCCCUGGAGGCGCUAAUGCCGCUACUGGAGCGGUACAGGCGCUAGGAGGAGGGGUGUACGGGGUGAGGAGUGAGGUGCCGUACCGGUAACUGAUGGCCGCAACACUGACAAUGUGACAUAUGUACCGUCGCUGCAUGCCGGGAAAGCGCAGGUUAAUA